GACAUGACAGGUGAACACGCCAACCCAUUCUUUAAAAUCUGCUGGCUUUACCUCACACCCCUGGUCUCACUGGGCUCUUUUAUAUGUUCUUUGGUUGAGUACCAGCCUCUGACCUUUAAUCGCUGGUACGUGUACCCAACCUGGGCAUACGUGUUGGGCUGGGUACUGGCCCUCUCCUCCAUCCUGCUUGUGCCGGGAUGGGCGCUGUAUAAACUGGGAACUGGGACUUGUAGCCUCAGUCAGCGUUUCCAUCAUCUGUGCCGACCUGACCCUGCCUACUCACUGACAGAAAAGAGAGAAACUGAGUUGCAGCACAUCAAAGAGGGAGAUCUGUAACUAAGGGUAUGAUAUUGUAACCCUAGUUCUCUUAGCACAGGCAGAGCCCUCUACUGGACUCUUUGGGUAAUACUCCUCCAGUCCUGAGCACACAUUUGCCCACUGAGAUUUGUAUAAAACACCA